GAAGGGGGUGCGCAUUCCCGCAUUGGCUGUGCAACCAACUCCAGGGCGCUUUGAGGGACUCCAUAGCCCGAACAUGGGGUUCAAUUUUGUCACUGUUUGCGUAAAGUGACUCUGAAAUAAAAAGCUAUGGAAAAGCACGUCUGAAACAGUUUAUAGUGUCGGUUUCUCUGAAGAAUUCAGUUCUCCAUCCGAGUGCGUCUUGCCAGAAAGUCGAGAGAAAGAGAGGGAGAGAGAGAGAAAGAAGGGAGGCUUUACUGGGAAUUCAGACUUUCGCAGUCCUUGGACACUGAGCUCUUCCAAGGACUCUGGGAAUCAAGUCAAAAAGUUUCAUGCUGAGUGUUCCUGCAUUAACCUGAGGUCCAGGGUGUACGGGGAGCAGUAGGUCUCGGAGCUCCAAUGCCAGUGGACAUGCAGCCACACCAGGGGCUGUAUCACUAUGAGACCUCACCCAGCCAGCCCUCCAGGGGCCUAGUCCCAUCAGAACAGUCUCCCUACAGCGAUGUGUCCUCGCUGCGUGCCCCAAUCCUCAAUGGCCCCUCCCAGGACUGCCGCGCUAUGUAUAAUCACAUGACUACCAGCAUGACUCAUGGAUCAGGCCCAGGACAGGGGAUUGGCCACUGCAUGGAUCAAUAUAUGAGGCCUCCUCAGGCCCCACUGCCACACAGUAUGAUGGGCCACAGGGGGAUGCCGCCCACAGAGGGUGGCAAUAGCACCCCCUACUGUAACCAGAACAACAUGAUGUCCUCACAUCACAAUUUCUGCCAGAUUCAGCCUGGCUCUGAUCAGAUUGGCUCAGUCGAUGGCUCGAGGUUCUCCACGCCUCGUUCCAUGCUGAAGCUGAGUAAAAAGAGAGCUCUGUCCAUCUCUCCUCUGUCUGAUGCCAGUGUAGACCUGCAGACAGUGAUCCGCACAUCACCCAACUCCCUGGUUGCCUUUGUCAACUCUCGCUGCAACCCUAACGGGGCCAGUUCCUAUGGCCAUCUCUCUGUGAGCUCCAUGAGCCCGUCCCUCGGCUAUUCCAGCAAUAUACACUGCCAAUCCAGGCAACAAGGUUCAAUGUAUGGAGGAGGCGGAGGAACGCCUUUGGGUGGACACACACCAGGUCCCUGCCAAGGUUCCCGCUUACCCCCCCACAAUCCUCGGCUUCACGCUCCACCCAAGCAUGGACACCUAAAAACAGAGCCAGGGCUGGGAGGUAUGAUGGAUGGCAUGAAUGUGAAGAGCCUGGAGGAGAGGUCAGAGGGAGAUGUGGCCAGUCCUUCUUCCACUGGCACUCAGGACCCCCUCCUGGGUCUACUGGAUGGCAGGGAUGACUUGGACAAGGAGGAUGGGAAGCCUGAACCAGAGGCCAUCUAUGAAACCAACUGCCACUGGGAGAGCUGCAGCAAGGAAUUUGACACACAAGACCAGCUAGUUCAUCAUAUCAACAAUGAGCACAUCCAUGGAGAAAAGAAGGAGUUUGUGUGUCACUGGCAGGAGUGCUCUCGAGAACAGAGGCCUUUCAAAGCCCAGUACAUGCUGGUUGUUCAUAUGCGCAGACACACAGGAGAGAAGCCACAUAAGUGCACUUUUGAAGGUUGUAAUAAGGCCUACUCUCGCCUGGAGAAUUUGAAGACCCACCUGCGCUCUCACACCGGAGAAAAACCAUACGUGUGUGAACAUGAAGGUUGCAACAAGGCCUUCUCCAAUGCUUCAGACCGGGCCAAGCAUCAGAACCGAACUCACUCCAAUGAGAAACCAUAUGUAUGUAAGAUUCCUGGCUGCACUAAGCGGUAUACAGAUCCAAGCUCUUUGCGUAAACAUGUUAAGACUGUGCACGGCCCUGAAGCCCACAUAACCAAGAAGCAUCGUGGAGACACAGGACCUCGACUCCCUGGUUCAGCUAUGACCCCUGGAGGCCAGAGCUCUGAACUACUGCUGGAGAAAGAGGAGACACGCAGGGAGGACUGCAAACUGUUGGCUCCUGAGACUGCUCUGAAAUCCCAGCCAAGCCCUGGUGGUCAAUCAUCAUGCAGUAGCGAACGUUCUCCGCUGGGGAGCGCCAAUAACAAUGACAGUGGGGUGGAGAUGAACCUAAAUGCAGCUGGCAGUCUGGAGGAUCUCACAGCCCUGGAGGAUGGAGUUGCAGGUGGAGGAGGGGAGCCAGGAAGUGUAGGAACAAUGGGAAUGUCAGCACAGGCUUUAAAGAGGCUGGAGAACCUGAAGAUUGACAAGCUUAAGCAAAUCCGCAGGCCAACCCCUCCUGGCCGCUGUGCUAAUAACAAGCUACCUGCACUUUCUGGUCCAGGGGAGAAUAUGGGAAUGUGUGCACCUUCUCCGCUCCUCUCUAAUCGACGAGUCAUGGAGCUGUCCAGUCACGAGUUAGGAGGUGGCACAUCCAUUGGCUGCUCUUCUAAUGACAGGAGAGGAAGUGGCACCAGCAGCCUAAGCUCUGCAUAUACCGUCAGCCGUCGGUCCUCCAUGGUGUCUCCUUACCUGUCCAGUCGGCGCUCAAGUGAGGUCUCACAAAUGGGAGGAACGGGAGGGGGAGGGUGUCACCUUCUUGGCCCAGAGCAGAGUGUUGGAGACCCCCUCUCUCCUGAGACCAAUCGCAGAGGAGCUCCAUGUCUUGGAGGAGGAUUGCCAGGUCUUCCAAAUUUAACACCCGCCCAGCAAUACAGCCUAAAGGCUAAAUAUGCUGCAGCAACUGGUGGACCACCACCUACUCCUUUACCCAAUAUGGAGCAGCCAGGUACUCCACGCAGAAGAGGAGGUGUUUUGAGUGAGUACCAGGGGCAGCCUCUGCCUCCCUUCUUGCAACCAGGUGGGCCACGUAGGCAUAGUGCCAACACAGAGUAUGGCACUGGUGUUAUCUACCCUCACCAGGCUCCAGGUAACAACAGCAGGCGAGCCAGUGACCCGGUUCGAUCAGUAGCAGAUCCACAAGCUCUCCCCAAGCGCUUCAAUAGCCUUAAUAAUGUAGCUAUGAUGGGCCGAAGGAAUGCGCUGCAACACCGUGGCUCUGACACCAGUCUUUCCCGCCACCUGUACUCCCCUCGUCCACCUAGCAUUACAGAGAAUGUAAUGAUGGAGGCUAUGGGUAUGGAGCCGCACCUUGUCCCGAUUGAUGCCAGGGAUCGUUCCAUGAUGAUGCCCCCUGGAGAGAGAAGCUUCAUGGGAUACCAGCAACAACAUCAAACUCUUGGAGGAGUUGGAGGUUCUCUUGGAAACCAACUGUCCCCAAGCCAUGACUCUCUGAGCUGCCCAGACCAGGGUUACAUACAGGGACACUACCAGAACCAGGGAGGGGAAGUCACUUCCAGGGCUGGUGGAAAUCCAAUGGGCCAAGCAAGGCCUAGUCACUCAGAGGGCAUGUCUAAUACACUUCUCCAGCAGGCCGAGUACAGUAUGAGCACCUGCCAGCUCAGUCCCUCGGGACCCCAUUACCCUAGCAUAGGCCAAGGUGGUGAUGCUGUAGGCCCAUGGAGUGAUUCCCAUAGCCAAAUCCAAACUUCCAACCAUGCUCUCCAGAACCAGCGAGGAAUGCAGUAUUCAGAGACUAGCCUGCAGCAUCAACAGACACAAGCCCACUUCAACAAUCAGACAACCCUCUACAACAGUCAUGACGGAACCCACAAACUCACCAUCAAGCCUGAGCAGCAGUUUCACCCUGGGAUGGGAGGUGGAAAUGCCUGUCAAAGUGCAAAGCUCCAACAGCAACGGAUGCUCCUCCAGCAGACUCAGGGUUACCCACAACAGACAGGCCAGGUCCUAAUGAGGAACUCUAACAAUACCAGUGGUGGCUUUCAAGGGCAGAACCAGAACACCUUCCCCAGUGGAGGGGGCUUGAGCUUGGGCUGUGCUGGCACUGCGCUCUCAGAUGGGCAGAGGUCAGAAACCCCCAUGAUACAGGUGAAGGAGAUGAUGGUGAGGAACUAUGUACAGUCACAGCAAGCUCUCAUGUGGGAGCAGCAACAAGAACAGCAACAACAGCAGCUGCAGCAGAGUGGAAUAAAACCACCUCCGGCAUCUGAUAAUAUGGAUAUGAGUGCCCAGACAGCAAUGAUGCAGCCCAGUCCACAGCACCAAAACCAUAAUCUUUAUUCCAGCCAGCCCUAUCCAUCCUACCCCAACCAGAACCUGGUCAUGAGUCCUCCAGCCCACAGCCAAGUGCCCAGCUCUGUGACACCUAAAGACCAGCAGCUGACAGGUCUCCAAGGCUCAUGUUAUGCCCAGGAGAUGGUGGUGCCCAGGCCCCCUCAGGGACGGAAACCUCUCAGUCGCCAGAACAGCCUAUCACAGGUAGGAGGCUACCUCGCUAGCCCACCCCAACUCAGCCCUGUCCACUCCACUUCCAGCCCCAGGCGAGCAGUCCGACUUCCUCCAGUUCAGCAUCCACAGCACCAGCAAAACGAAAUGUUCUCUCCUUCCAAUAACAACAACAUGUACUAUUCGGGCCAGAUAAACAUGGAUAUGGACAAACACAUGGACGCCCAGAAUGGACCUUGUCUCAACCAGCAGCACAGUAUGGGGUCCAACCUGGACCCAUCAGGUGGUACAAAGCCUGUCCCUAUGACUCCCUAUCCUGAAUCUGGCCCCAUCUCCAAUGCCUUAGAAAACCUGGACCUGGAUAAUGCUCGCAUAGACUUCACCUCCAUCAUUGAUGAUGCUGAGUCUUCCUCAUAUAGCCCAAUCACCAAUCCCCUACAAGGUCAGCCUGGGUCUUCCUCCCAGGCCUCAUCUCGCCUCACCACCCCUCAGACUUCCAUCAGCCUAGCUGCAGGUUCUGGCCUGUCCAACAUGGCUGUAGGAGACAUGACGUCCAUGCUUACCUCUCUGGCUGGGGAGAAUAAAUACCUGAACACACUGUCUUAGAAGAAGACUGGGGCAUCUUUUUUCCAGAUGAACAAUCAAGUAGAGGCCUUGGCCAGUUCUUAAUGUUUUAAUUGAGAUCCCACAUGGAAAUGUAUGUACUGUAGCCCAGUAUCUAGAGGCAGGCCCGCCAUAUACGGGGGGGGGGGGUCAAAGGGUACAGAUGAUCCCUGAUGAUCCCCGCCCGAGGCUCAGGAGGAGUCCAUGCCAACGUCUAUGGCGCUGGAGGGUGUGAAUGAGGGUCCCAAUUUGUAACCGUAACCCCGUCCAUAAUUCCUGGCGACGGGGCUGUCCAGAGGUAACCAGCCGGGGGUUUUAAACACUCAAGUGCUGUUGCUUAUACUGAUUUUUUCCUGUUACAUUGCAAGAAAGUUCAGUUAGAGUAAGAUAGACAAAGUUUUGAAUGGACCAUUUCAUGUAAUGGAUCAUAAGUCAGGGCUGUUUUUUUUACAUCACCAUGAGCCUUUGGAUGUAAACCCAACAGCAUUAACUUUUAUUCAAGCCACGAUCAAGAACUGGCUAGGGGACUGUUGCUACUGUAUACCCAUGAUAUGUUGUAAUAUGUUUUGGUUGCAAGUUGAGACUAAGCUACUAAUGUGAUCCCAUCACAGGUUACAAAAUUGUAAGAAUCCCCACCCAAUACCUUAAAACCAAAGGUGCCUGAUCAACCUCCCUCACUGUAUUGUACCUUCGCUGCCUUGGUACUUGUUUUUUUUGUGCCUUACUGUAAGACACAGAUCAUUCCGGUCACAUGGGGCUCUGGCAACAGUGGAGCAGAGAAGGAUGCAUGUAAAUAAGUUUUAAAUAGGCCUACAUUUAUAUAUGUUGUGUAUAUGACAAUGAGACAGUGGAUAAAUCAUCCCGUCUUAUGAUAGACUGCUUGGAUUCUGGAGGCCAAUAUUCAGACAGGAGUUUGUAAGACGGUUGUUUGAAGAGCUGGGUGAAGACUAAAGUUCUGCUUUUAGUGAUUGAGAAAUUAUUUCUCGGUGCUACUAAAUAUUAAUCUGUAUUGCUAGGGAUUUCUUCUUCUUUUCAUGAAAAAAAAAACACUCUUCAUUGUGGAAUAUCAGUAUUCCCACACAUGCACAAAUGCAUUCAGAAACACACAGAUAGCCUAAACACAGCCACUCAGGACUUGUUGGUGUUUGAAUCUUUGGUAUUUAGAUUCAAUGUACUGUAUGUUGUAAUUGCCUUUCCAGACAGAGAGUUUGCACUCCACAUGUUUACUGUAAGUGUUCCAAAAGCAGCUGUGUACUUUUUUUCCAGUGGUGUUUAUAAUUGCAAAACAGAAAGUUCAUUGCUCUUUCUAAGGUACAUACAUAGGGGAUUAUGAGUACAGUGCGAAUAUAAUAUGUGUGCAACAGUCCCUGCUACAUUACUGUCUGAUAUGCCUUUGCUCAAAAUUAACCCGACCAACGACUCGUACAUGACUCAGCUGAGGAUGACGGCUAUUUUAAAUGAAACCCGAGUCAGCUGGUCUGUAUCUGUAAACAAAUCAGUAAUAGUUGUCCAUGUUUGAGAAACUGAGGUACAUUCACAUUACAGUGUUGCUGCACUUUGGCUCUAAUCCCAAAGAGGAGUUAUUUGGAAAAUUCUGCAUUACUAAUUCAGGAUAAGGGAUCAAGAAGUUGGAAUUUGAUCAAUUGCUACCACUGUAGUAAAAUACAUAUUGUCAUGGGUACACUGAGGUACUUUCUCGCGACUUUUAGCUGUUAUGGAAGAAGGCUGCAGCUAUGGGUAGGUUAACUAAUUUUACAUUGUGGCAUUGCACUGACUACAGCACUGUGUGGAACGGUCUUUGUCUCUUAUGACUAUUCACAUGAACCUCAUUUUGAUAGCGCUAAAGAAUUACCACAGUAUUUUUCAAGAACAUAGCUGAGCACAGCAUGACUCUAUGAGGCCACAUUAAAGUAUUGCUGAAGCAUUUUACAAGACUUUUCAGGAUAAAAUAGUAGCGUCACUUGAAAGUUAACCAAGCAUUAGCGGGAAUGAACAUUUCUUCAUUUUGGAAAAAGUGUACAAGCUACCAAAGACACCUUAAAUUGACUGACAAAAAGAUGCACAAAUAGUCUAUUUUAACACAGUACUAACACUAGCAAUAAGGGCAUGAGCAUUGAUUGAUAGUGCUGUUCUUUAGAAUGUAUGAGAUGUUUUGUAUAAAAUUAUCUUUUUAUAUCAAUGAACUUUAUGGAUGUUGCCUUCUGUGUGCGUUUUUUUUUUAUAACUGUCAUCCUUCAUUCUGACUUUUUUGCUGGCAAAAGAAUAUCACAUUUAGCAACAGAAAGCUAAAAUAUUAGCAUUAACUACAAUAGACAGAAGUCAAGUGUUAUAUUUUGUGUACAAUUUUCUACAUUUUUAUACAAAUGUGCUAUAUUUUACCAGUUUAUGAAUAAAGAUGUUCAGUGAGGUGGAUGUAGGUUUGUCAAACUUUUCUUUUCAUGUCCGUUGUUUUACACCAAUGUGGCUUUGUGUUUUAUAAAAACACUGAUACUACUCAAAUGUUUUAAUGAGCCAUAUCUGCACAAUGUGUCCAUCAAGGAGGUUUAAAGUAAAGACAUGGGUAAAAUG